GCACCCUUCAUCAUUCAAGUUGCGCGCUGCACCGACACCGGUCGACGUCGUCGUCGUUUUCGCUGUCUAUUGCCAUUGUUGCAUCGUUGUGUAAUCAUAGUAGCCUAUGCUGCGGUAGAAAUUUUCACAAAUCCGUCGCGUCGCGUUUCGCUCCAGGUUUCGCUCGUCAACAGGUUGACCAAGGACUUCGUGCCGGAACGUUCGGAACCAGCAGUGUACGGGCCAGUUCUAGCUUGCUUGGAAAAUCCCUACCCUCGCCUUCUUCCCCCUAUUGCUUCCCGUUCCCGUUGUCCUCUUCCGCAUCAACUCGACUGAUAAGUACUUUUCAUCGCGCAGGGAUGAUGGUCUGGGUGUCCGACUACGACUGUGACCCAAAGGGUCGCAAGAUGAAUCCCGAAUCGGUUUCGCACCUGGAGCACAUGUGCUCGCUGGACAUUGACUCGCAGACGGCGUUCGUGCGGCUGUCCGGCAUCAUCUGUACGAUCGGGCCCGCCUCGGUAGCGCCGGAGAUGCUGGAGAAGAUGAUGGCCACCGGGAUGAACAUUGCCCGGUUGAACUUUUCGCACGGUUCGCACGAGUACCACGCCAACACGAUCAAGAACAUCCGCGAGGCGGUCGAUAACUACUCGAAGAAGCAGGGCAAGCCGUUCCCGCUGGCCAUCGCUCUGGACACCAAGGGUCCGGAGAUCCGUACCGGGCUGAUCGAGGGCAGCGGCACCGGCGAGGUUGAGCUGAAGAAGGGCGAACAGAUCCAGUUGACCACGGAUAAGGAUCAUCUGGAGAAGGGUAGCAAGGAGAAGAUCUACGUCGACUAUGUGAAUAUCGUCAAGGUCGUCAAGAAGGGCGAUCAUGUGUUCGUCGACGAUGGUCUGAUCUCGCUGGUGGUUGACAGUAUUAGCGGAGACACUCUGACCUGUACGGUCGAGAACGGUGGUAUGCUGGGAUCGCGUAAGGGUGUUAACCUACCCGGAGUCCCUGUAGAUCUUCCGGCCGUCUCCGAAAAGGACAAGUCCGAUCUGCAGUUCGGCGUUGAACAGGGCGUUGAUGUGAUCUUCGCUUCGUUCAUCCGUAAUGCCGCGGCUCUGAAGGAGAUCCGCUCGAUUCUUGGAGACAAGGGCAAGAACAUCAAGAUCAUCUCGAAGAUCGAGAACCAGCAGGGUAUGCAGAACUUGGAUGCCAUCAUCGCUGCCUCGGACGGUAUCAUGGUUGCCCGUGGUGAUCUGGGUAUCGAAAUCCCGGCGGAGAAGGUCUUCCUAGCCCAGAAGUCGAUGAUUGCUCGGUGCAACCGCGCCGGAAAGCCCGUCAUCUGUGCCACCCAGAUGUUGGAGUCCAUGAUCAAGAAGCCACGCCCAACCCGUGCCGAAAUCUCCGACGUCGCCAACGCCAUCAUCGACGGUGCCGACUGCGUCAUGCUGUCCGGUGAGACUGCCAAGGGCGAGUACCCGCUGGAGUGCGUGCUGACCAUGGCCAAGACCUGCAAGGAAGCCGAAGCGGCCCUCUGGCAUCGCAACCUGUUCAACGAUCUGGUCAACACCACUCCCAACCCGCUGGAUACGGCCUGCUCGAUUGCUAUCGCUGCCUCGGAAGCGGCUUCAAAGAGCCGCGCCGCUGCCGUCAUUGUCAUUACGACAUCGGGCCGAUCGGCCCAUCUCAUUUCCAAGUACCGCCCGAGGUGCCCGAUCAUUGCUGUCACCCGGUUCGCGCAAACCGCCCGCCAGUGCCAUCUGUACCGGGGUAUCCUGCCGGUGGUCUAUGAACAACAAGCCCUGGAAGACUGGCUGAAGGACGUCGACGCACGCGUCCAGUAUGGCAUGGACUUCGGCAAGGAACGUGGCUUCCUGAAGCCGGGCAACCCGGUGGUUGUCGUCACCGGCUGGAAGCAGGGCUCCGGCUUCACCAACACCAUUCGCAUUGUGAAUGUCGAAUAAAUUGGUGGGUCAGCCGUCCCCAUCCAGCCUAUAAACCUUCAUCUCUAAGUAUCAACAUACCUACUUGUUGAACGUACCAGAACAACAACAACAACAUAAUAGUCAUUAAAACACUCACAAACACCGAGCAGCCGGAAGAACAGCGCCGCGCCGUGCGAUAAAAAUUAGACAUGUCUCACACGAACACCACCUUAGAAUUCUCCCGUAUAAACACUAGAAAAGAGGGAAAGUCGUCUAACGAAUGUGGUGUAAUAGUUAAGUUAGCAUUCGGACCGGCUAUUCACCGUUCGUUUUGUUGUUUUUUAAAGGAUUUACCGCUCCGGCGCGUAAAGUGUUAUUCUAAAAAGAAAAAAGAAUUGGCUACGAUUUAGGUUCUCUAAUUUAUUUUUUUACUAUAAAGUUAGUUGUUUAUCCAAAUCGAUCACACAAACUGACAUUAUUUGGUUGAUCAUCAGUAAUAAGUGCUCUAAAUUAUCUCAUUUGACUAAUAGUAGGCGCACCGCGUUCGUAGGAUCGUUAGGUAACCCCUGUUUGAACCUGUUUAAAGAACGAGGAUGGUAAGAUGGUUUGAGUAAAGUGAAAAAAAAACCUUUGCUCGAAUCUGGACGAAGGAGUCCGCGCGAUCAGGUUUGAUCAUCGGAAGGGAUACGUACAUAUAUAAAGUCGUGAAUGUAUUGAUCGUUGAUGUUACUGAUAUCAAUAAAAUAGUACACUAUAACACUAACCGUUA